AUGCGUGCCCAAGACACUCCGGAACUCUUCGUCAAGGACAUGUACAGAGGCUUUGCCAAGGCACUGACUGGCCUUUGCGAGAUGUAUGGCAACGAAGAUCUCAAGCUGGCCCCCUACCUACUUGCCGAGGACCAGGAAGCCAUAGGGAUGCUUCCGCUCUGCGACCCACAGCUGCCGGGCAGUUGUCGUCUCAACUACAACGAGGAUACCGGAAGCCUGAAGCCGCAGGUCGAACACUAUGGCGGUCAGAAGCUCAGCGGUCUGCAAGAGACGUUUUCCAGAGUCUUGGACACAAUCAAGUGCGGGUUUUUCCUCGCCAAUGACGAUACAGACUUCCCCUUCACCUACACCUCGUCUCCUAAGGGACUCACCUUCAAACACGAGGAGGACUACACGCCCAAGCCUGAGGUUGUUGCCGCCAUUACUCAACCCUCGGUUGCGGGAAACGCCCCUGCCGAGGUUGUUAUCGCGCACCGUGAACGGCCUCAGCAUUCCAGUCGUGCCAAAAAUACUUCUCCGAGUUCAACACCAUCUGUAUCCCACCACGAUGCAGCUCCGCCGCAGGUGCAUUCGCACUCUACCCCUGGCCGCCAAAAGGUUCAAGGCCAAUCUGAGUCGCAUCCUACUCCGGGUCGCAACAGAGCCCAAGGCCAGUCUGAGUAUGAUUUCAGUUCUGAUGCUGAUAUGCUGCACAUGGUCAACGACUUCCUCAUGCCUCCUCAAGCUCACAUGUCUUCCACGGAGAGUCACGAGGAGACUUCCUAUGGAAUGAACUCGGUCAUGGCUAACGAGGUAUUUGGUGUGCCCCCAACCAAUAGCCCGCCUGCGCUCGGAUCCGCCACAGCCAAGACGUUCCCAAGCCUGCCAUGGAAUAUGAUUUACACCCCAACGCCCCAGGGCAAGAACUCGGAGCUAACACCACCAGACCGCGCCAUCCGCGAUGCAGCUGCUCGGCAAUCUUUUGAUGGCAGUGCUGACCCCAAGAGAAACGUAUCGGCCUCUGGCCAUGCGAUGUUUGAUGACCCAUUCGCGGAUUUUCGCGAGAACCAGUACCUGCCCCAGCGGCAGCAGCAAGCGCAGCAGCGGCCCUUCGCCAGCACUCCUGACAUCACGGCUCAUCAAGACCGCCUGCUGCAGGCGUUUGGCAAACAGCCUACCGACUCGAGGUCCAUGAGCCGUGACUUCUCAGGCGCAGGUUACGGCCUGUGGGGAACCCCAUACGCGGAACUCAACCCCAAUACGCUGCAGCCCAGGGCGUCGUCUACCCAUGCUCGCUCGUUGAGCGCGUCUCGGCAUCAGUACGCCCAAAGCCCCAGCAUGGUUCAGGGUGCUGCAGAGAACUUUUUGCCGUCUUCGGGGACCCAGUUUUCCAACGUCAGCGGCAUCUACCAAAGCACUCCAUGCAACGGCAUCAACUACACGGCGACAACUGCUUUCGGAAGAGGCCCUAUCGCUGACAUGCGGGAGGACCCUACCCACUACAAGAAUCUGGUCAGACAAAACGGAGGUGCCGCUACUGACGGCUACACGGCCGGGUAUAACGACAUGAUUCUUCAGUCUGCUAUGGCCGACGAGAUGAAGCGCGCGUCGGGCCCGAGCACGCGUCAUUGA